AUGAUUUGUGUUGUAUAUGAAGGCUAUGGUUCCUCCAUACCCACACUUAUAUUCAUUACUUGCAUCUGGUUACCAUUUCUUCAAAUCAAACAUGCACUUUUCGACAUUCUAUCCACCAUUUGCACCUUCUUUUACACAUGCCAUCAUGACCAUCUUCAUCACCGCGUCUUUCCUAAUACCUUCCACCAUUCGGAUCUUCAGUUCAACGACCUUUUAAAUAACAAUGGUGGUGAUAAUGCCUGGUCCACCAUGAGAUCGGUAGACGAAAGCUGUUCCAUUUGCCUGGCUGAGUUGCAGGAUGAAGAUAUCGUGAGUCAACUCAGUAGAUGUCGUCAUGUGUUCCACACGUGCUGCAUAAAGAGCUGGCUCCACCAGGAUCAGUUCACUUGUCCGCUUUGCCGGUCAAGUCUGUUGCUUAUUCCAGGGAAACCGGUCAAGUAG